AAAAUAAUUAUCAGAAUUUUAGAGGAAAUGGAGGAUAAUGAAUGAUAUCAAUAUUUGGUAAUUAAAUUCAUUUAAAAAUGUUAGGAGGCAUUGAUGAAGAUCCAAGAGGUGAGAAUUUUUUUGACAUGUUGAAAAAAUCAUUCUGUCCAAAAAUUAAACUUAUUUCAUUUACUACAAUAAUCUCAGUUUUGAUUAUUAUUCUAUAUAUCACAAUGUUAGGAGUUGGAGGAGUCAAUAAAAAUGAUAGAUUUCUAUCAGUAUACAGGAAAACAUUGAAAGAUUUUGGUGGAAAUGAUCCAAAUAAUGUUAAAUAUAAAUUUCAGACUUUCAGAUGGAUGACAUCAUUACUCUUAUUUGGAGACUUUUUUAAUCUAGUUCUUGCAAUCUUUAUGAUAUUAAUUUUCUAUUUAAUAUUAGAAGCCACAUAAGGAUCAUUAUUAACAAUAAUAGUGUUUUUUGGAGCAGGAGCAUGCGGUGCUUUAUUUGGAGAUUUGUGCAAUCUUUGCAAAUAUACAACUUAUUCAGAAACAUAUGCUUGUGUAGGGUUCUGGAUAGGAGUAUAUAUUUUUAUUAUAUAUUAAAUAGGAAGUAAUUCUAUAUUGGUAGAAGUUAAAUGCUUUGGGAGAAAAGAAAUGUGCUGUUGUAUGUUUUGUUGCCAUAAUAGUAAUAUUUGAAAUUAUAUUCGCCUUUGCAUUUGGACAAAAUAAUUUUUAUGACAAUUUGGGUGAAUUGGGAGGUUUCUUAGGAGGACUAUUCAUUGCUAUGAGUUUUGUUGAUGUGCCUUAGAGUGGAGAAUUUGAAUCUAUUUGAAGAAAGGUUGGAUUUGGAUUUCUGGGAGUCCAAGUUGGAUUGAGUAUAAUUUUAUUAUAUUCU